AUGGAACAACUUUACACAGUAGUCUGCCACGGCCAACCAGACUACACGCAAUGCAUCCCCCUCGUGAAAGCAGCAACAUUCGCCCCCUCCUAUUUACUGCUUUUAACAACCCUCUGCGCCCUCCUAAACCACUACACCUUCAGCCCGCGCCACCUCAGCAAAAUAUACGGCGCAAAAUACGUCUCCCUAACACGCAAAGAACAGCGACGCGUGGGCUCACUGCACGUGGGGCUGGUCAUGAAAACCUUCGCCUUCAUCUUCAUGGGGACCCCCGCAUAUCUGCAUACAGUCGGCGGUUACACAUGGAGUGAUCCGGCCUGGAUUCCGGGCCCGACGCUCGGGGAUAUGUGCACUGUUUCGGUGAUGGCGUUCGGCGCCCUGGGUAUUUUUGAUCUCAUCUACGAUGAGCAUCUGGGUUUGGUUUACCUCGUGCAUCAUAUGGCUAUGCUGGCAUGUAUCCCGGGCUUUUUUGCGGCGCUCAUGACUCUCCCUUUGCCACUCUCGCCGGCGAGUCUUGUUCGGCUGGGGGUUUAUUGUCAAGUUUCUUUGACUUGGGUUCUAUUCUCGAGUCUCGGAAGCAGCAUCGCCCAUCUGACAUAUCUUCUCCACCAGUUUCGACCCAAGGGACCCAAGGGAUUCCGACAAAUACACAAGGCUUUCCUCGCCGGCUUUGUAGCAUUUACCAUCCUGCUUAGUUUUGAAGCGGGCGCAAUGGCCUAUUCAAUUUUGAGGUUUUGGAAUCAACUUCCUACAGCGACGCCAUUGUUGCUCUGUCUUCUUCAGGUCUUGUUCACAGCGACGAAAUUGAAGACUGCGCGAAACAUCUGGACUGUUUACCGACGCCAGGUGCAUGCAUUGCGAGCGCAAGUGCAGCGAGAAUUAACACCACCUCCUACUAUUGGCUCUGAGGACGAGAAGAUCUGUGCUUCUUUUAUCAUGGCAGAGAAACAGGGCUUUUUGGGGCUGGAGCUUUGA